AUCAUGCUAAUCGGAUUUUUCAAAGUUGAUUCUGUAAGUCGUCUUUCUCUUCCAGAGUUUUCUGGUUAUCACUGUAGGUUCACGAAUAAUCCGUUUCUACGCAAGAGGCCGUUUUUUGUCGAUACAAAUAAGUGUGUCCAUAAAACAAACAUAAAAAAAUAUUACAUAUUUAGGGGCACCCUAGGGGAGGUGUCCACUACAACACACUGGACCCCCCCCCCCCCCUCCUGUCUGGUGAAUCAGACAUAGCAGCGGUCAACUGAAGAACAGGGGGGAGCAUGGUAACGAAUGUAAACCUGCAAGUUCAGCAGUAAGCUUUGAGCAUUCAUAUCGUUCAAAUCUCUGGAACAAGAUUCAUCUCUGAUCAACAUGAUUCUUCUGCUUCAUUUAUUUCUGGCAUCUCAGUUGAUUAGUGUACAAGAAGGGUUUGUUAUAUUUCCUUCUCUUCUACCUGGCUUCGGUUUACCUGCUGCACCUGGUCUACUUGCUGCACCUCCUCAGGGAGGAGCAUCCUGUACAGUAGCUUGUCUUAAUGGUGUUUGUAAACAAACUUGCUGUAUUGAGGGGAAAUGUACGGACACCAACAAUUUAGCAGCACAACCUAUCCUUACCCCAGCUCCUAUUGAAGAAAAGAGUUCCAGUCCUAAACCCUCUACCCCAACUACUCCUGCUCCAACGCCUAAACCUAAACCUGGAAAUGUGAUCACAAGACCAAAUUCAGGCAAUGAUUACGAUUACAAAUACUAUUCAGAAUAAACGUCUAUGGCUGAACCAUUUACAGGAACAAAUAUCGCAGCGCUGAAGAUCCUGGUUCAAAAGUUUCCAGCACAAGUUAAAACAAAAUGUGCAAUAAAAUCAGAUGUUCAUUUUUUUCCUUUCAAAUGUUACAAAAAUAAUAUAUUUGUUUGAGUUUGUAUGCAUCUCUUUUGCGCAAAUAUUUGUUCUAUGCUGCCAAAAUAAUAAAUCUUUUAAAAUGUAAA